GAAGAAGAAGAAGACCCGGAUGCAUAACAACAACAGCUUGAAACGGCUAACAUGCUAACUGAGUGAUCCGGCUGCUGCUUCUACUGUUAACGGUUACGGUUACCGGAGCGGGAGGACAACCGGAUGGUACGGGAGCAGGGCAGCUGUCUGAGCUGAAAUGCGAGAUACGAAGAAUUUCUCUCCGUUAGCAGCCGUUAGCAGCCGUUAGCAGUCGUUAGCAACCGUUAGCAGCCGUUAGCAGCCGUUAGGAAACACAACAACAACAACAACAACGGUCCAAUCUACAGCAACUGAAGUGUGUUGAGGCGAGAUGGGGAACCAGCUGGCGGGCAUCGCCCCCUCGCAGAUCCUCUCUGUGGACAGCUACUUCUCCGACAUCCACGACCACGAGUACGACAAGAGCCUGGGCAGCACCCGUUUCUUCAAGGUGGCCCGGGCCAAACACCGCGAGGGCCUGGUGGUGGUCAAAGUGUUCGCCAUCCAGGACCCCUCGCUGCCCCUCACCAGCUACAAGCAGGAGCUGGAGGAGCUGAAGAUCCGGCUGCACUCCUGCCAGAACUGCCUGCCCUUCCAGAAGACCUCGCUGACGGAGAAGGCUGCCAUCCUGUUCCGUCAGUAUGUUCGCGACAACCUCUACGACCGCAUCAGCACGCGGCCCUUCCUCAACAACGUGGAGAAGCGCUGGCUCGCCUUCCAGAUCCUCAACGCCGUCGACCAGGCGCACAAGGCCGGUGUCCGCCACGGCGACAUCAAGACCGAGAACGUGAUGGUGACCAGCUGGAACUGGGUGCUGCUCACAGACUUCGCCAGCUUCAAGCCCACCUUCCUGCCCGAGGACAACCCUGCGGACUUCAACUACUUCUUCGACACGUCGCGGCGGAGGACGUGCUACAUCGCCCCGGAGAGGUUCGUGGACGGGAGCAUGUUCACCACGGAAAGCGACCAGAACACGCCACUGGUGGAUCUGACCAACAACAACCAGAGGAGCAGGGGGGAGCUCAAGCAGGCCAUGGACAUCUUCUCUGCAGGCUGUGUGAUCGCGGAGCUCUUCACGGAGGGCGUCCCUCUCUUCGACCUGUCCCAGCUGCUGGCCUACCGUAAGGGACACUUCCAGACGGAGCACGUCCUCCUGAAGAUCGAGGACCUCAGCGUCCGAGAGCUGGUGUCUCAGAUGGUGCAGAGGGAGCCGGAGAAGCGCCUAACAGCAGAGGAGUACCUGAAGCAGCAGAGAGGGAAGGCCUUCCCCGACAUCUUCUACACCUUCCUGCAGCCCUACAUGGCUCAGUUCGCCAAGGAGACCUUCCAGUCCGCCGACGAGCGAGUGCUGGUCAUCCGCAAAGACAUGGACAACAUCCUGCACAACCUGCGGGGAGGAUCCUCCUCUUCCCCCCCGGAGAGCAGCGAUGGCGUGCAGAGCUCCCGGGAGGAGCAGGGCCUCAUGGUGCUGGUGUCUGUCAUCACUUCCUGUCUGCAGACGCUGCACUCCUGCGACUCCAAGCUGGCGGCGCUGGAGCUCAUCCUGCACCUGGCGCCGCGGCUCAGCGUGGACAUCCUGCUGGACCGCAUCACGCCCUACAUGCUGCACUUCUGCAACGACCCCGUGCCCCGUGUGCGCGCUCAGGCUGUGCGCACGCUCGCUAAAGUGCUGGCGCUGGUGAAGGAGGUGCCGAGGAACGACGUCAACAUCUACCCAGAGUACAUCCUGCCCGGCAUCGCGCACCUGGCGCAGGAUGACGCCACCAUCGUCAGGCUGGCGUACGCAGAGAACAUCGCUCACCUGGCAGAGAGCGCGCUGCGAUUCUUGGAGCUCGUUCAGGAGAACAACGUGAACACGGAGCACGACCUGAGCGGGGAGGACGCCGAGGAAGCUCUGCACCCCAAUGAGAACUACGACUCAGAGCUGCAGGCGCUGCACGAGAUGGUGCAGCAGAAAGUGGUGACGCUGCUCAGCGACUCGGAGAACAUCGUCAAGCAGUCGCUGAUGGAGAACGGCAUCACGAGGCUCUGCGUGUUCUUCGGCCGGCAGAAGGCCAACGACGUGCUGCUGUCCCACAUGAUCACCUUCCUCAACGACAAGAACGACUGGCACCUGAGAGGGGCUUUCUUCGACAGCAUCGUGGGCGUGGCGGCGUACGUCGGCUGGCAGAGCUCCUCCAUCCUGAAGCCGCUGCUGCAGCAGGGCCUCAGCGACACCGAGGAGUUCGUCAUCUACAAAGCUCUCAACUCGCUCACCUGCAUGUGCCAGCUGGGGCUGCUGCAGAAACCCCACAUCUACGAGUUCGUCAGCGACAUCGCUCCCUUCCUGUGCCACCCCAACCUGUGGAUCCGGUACGGGGCGGUGGGCUUCAUCACCGUCAUCGCUCAGCACCUGAACGUGGCCGACGUCUACUGCAAGCUGAUGCCUCACCUCAACCCCUUCAUCACGCAGCCCAUCAUCCAGAUCGAUAAGGAGCUGGUGCUGCUGAGCGUGCUGAAGGAGCCGGUCAGCCGCUCCAUCUUCGACUACGCCCUGCGAUCCAAAGACAUCGCCAGCCUCUUCCGCCACCUACUGCUGCGACAGAAGAAGCGCGCCGGAUCAAUCCCUGAAUGCCCGGCUCCCGAGGACCCCGCCAUCGCUCAGCUGCUGAAGAAGCUGCUCUCACAGGGGAUGACGGAGGCGGAGGAAGACAAGCUGCUGGCGCUCAAAGACUUCAUGCUAAAGUCCAACAAGGCCAAAGCCAACAUGGGGGAGCCCAGCCCACCCGGGGAGGGGCACAGCGGGGUCAUCGACCUCGCUGUGCUCGGCAUCACCGGCCGGCAGGUGGACCUGGUGAAGCCCAAAGCUGAGCCCGAGGACAAGAGAGCGAGGAAGCACACCAAACAGGACUCCACCAUGAACGAGGAGUGGAAGAGCAUGUUCGGGUCCCAGGAGCCCUCCUCCAGCCAGCCGCCCACGCAGGCGGAGGGUUCGUCGGGUCAGACCAGGAAGAGCUCUGCGGUGCCGGCGCUGCCCGCUCUGCAGACAGUGGCGAGCGGGCCGGCAUACCAGAGACGCCUCAACACCUGCAGGGUGGAGCUGCAGCAGCUGGUGCAGCAGAGAAGGGAGCAGUGCAGCGCCGAGCGCAAGCACAAGCACAUGAUGGAGAGCGCCGAGUGGGAGAGCAGACCCCCCCCUCCAGGGUGGCACCCUAAGGGGCUGCUGGUGGCUCACCUUCACGAACACAAAGCGGCCGUGAACCGGAUCAGAGUUUCCGACGAACACUCCAUCUUCGCCACGGCCUCCAACGACGGCACUGUCAAAGUGUGGGACAGCCAGAAGAUGGAGGGCAAGACCACCACCACCAGGUCGGUGCUGACCUACUCUCGUAUCGGCGGUCACGUGAAGACGCUAACCUUCUGUCAGGGCUCUCAUUACCUCGCCGUGGCCUCCGAUAACGGGUCCAUCCAGCUGCUGGCAGUCGAGGCCAACAAACCCCCCAAAUCCCCCAAAGUCCAGCCCUUUCAGACCAGGGCUCUGGACCUGCAGGAGGACGGCUGUGCGGUGGACCUCCAUCACUUUAACUCCGGUGCUCAGUCCGUGCUUGCCUACGCCACCGUCAACGGCUCCCUGGUGGGCUGGGACCUCCGCUCCAACUCCAAUGCCUGGACGCUCCGCCACGACCUCCGCCUCGGACUCAUCACCUCGUUCACCGUCGACAUGCACCAGUGCUGGCUCUGCCUCGGCACGAGCAGCGGCACCAUGGCAUGCUGGGACAUGCGGUUCCAGCUGCCCAUCUCCAACCACUCCCAUCCCGCCCGAUCUCGAAUCAGACGGCUGCUGAUGCACCCCCUCUACCAAUCCUGGGUCAUCGCAGCUGUGCAGGGGAACAACGAAGUGUCGAUGUGGGACAUGGAGACCGGGGAUCGUAAGUUCACCCUGUGGGCAAGCUCCGCCCCUCCACUGUCUGAGAUGCAGCCCUCUCCUCACAGUGUGCAUGGGAUCUACUGCAGCCCUGCUGAUGGAAACCCUCUGCUGCUGACGGCUGGAUCGGACAUGAGGAUCAGGUUCUGGGACCUGGCGUACCCUGAGAGGUCAUACAUCGUGGCGGGGGGGGCCAACGACUCCCUGCACUGUCCCUCUGUGAUGUACAGCAGGAAGAUCAUUGAGGGCACUGAGGUGGUGCAGGAGAUCCACAGUAAGCAGAAGAGCGGUGUGCUGGAGGACGCUCCCCGCCGCGGCCCCGACUCACUUCCUGUUGGACACCACGACAUCGUGACGGACAUCGCCACCUUCCAGACCACGCAGGGAUUCAUCGUCACCGCCUCCAGGGACGGCAUCGUCAAAGUGUGGAAGUGACACACACAUACACACACACACACACACACACACACACACACACACACACACAGGAUCUGUGUCAUUGCACGCUAACAUCAGCUCGUUAUGAAUGGAUUUCCUCCGUCUGCAGCCGAUGAGCUCCUCCUCUCAUUGGCUGCUGCUGAUGCUGUUUGUAACUUCCUGUUUUAUCAACCAAUCACGUCUCCACCUCACUUUUGUUCUCUUGUGCAAAAUGCUGAAUUUGACACUGUAAACUUCAACUGAGUGUUGUGUUUGUAACAGCUUAAACACAAAUGAAAUCUAAUCACAGGAGCUAUGAGUGCUGCAGAUUAGAUUGUGUAAUUAGUAUUCUUAUUGUUUACCUAUCCUUCACAAACGUCACAGUCUCUUCAGCCAGCCACCUGUAUUCACUGGCGGCACCAUAAGCUAUUUUUUAUUCAAAAACAUAUUUUUUGGGGAGUGUAGAUCCAUAUUGGAUUUUCAAAGACAAAUCCUCCGCUGCAGCGCUGAUUAUGAUAUUAAUCGUGCACCGAUUAAUUCAUUUGAGAGUGGAAACAUGACAUCGUUUUGGGCUAAACUGCUGACAUGUCCCCCGAACACAUCCAGAGAUUAGCAGGAAAUCAACACGUUCAUAAUUCUCUCAGCAGGAGCUAAAGAAACUGAGCUUUCGUCCCCUUUUCCGGUUGAGAACUGAGACCCUUGAUCUCCAGCUUUCAGACGUGAUGGAUGUGAUUCCUGUAUUAACCCCCCCCCCAUAAACAGAUCAUUAAUGCUCUCUGCUCUCGUUUUGUACAUAUACGUUAUUUUAAAUCUUGAGUAAUAUAAAGUUUGAUUUGUACAAAUAUCCCAUAAUACAACGUGUUGCUGCGUCUCAACGUUUGUCCACCUGUUGAAUAAAACCUGCAGCAGAAACCUUC